GAAUUCUCGAAGCCCCGAAAUUGCAAGGAGCAAAUGGGAAGGACCGGAGGGAGCGACGAACCGCGUUAACAAGGAGCAAAUGGAGUUGCGCCGCCGUAAAUCCCCCUCUUUUAGUCGACCCUACGCGGCUCCUUCGAGCUCCAGGUCUGCCUCAAAGUAUCCUCGGGUUCUCUCCGAUCCUUUCUCCGAUGCUGCUAGAAAGAAAAGGGUCAAGUUCACAGGAGAGGCUAUUGUUCUAGAAAAUAUGCAAGCACUUCAAAAUCAGAAAAUCCAGUUUCUGAAUUGUGAUCCAAAGACUUCCGAGUACAAAUUUUUUAGGGAAAUGCUGCAGAAAAACCAUGAAACCCAUCAGAGUUUUUGCUUUCCCAUGAAAACGGUUCAUACAAGUGCAUCUCCACAAAAAGAAGUUACACGAGAAACCAACAGUUUGAUAACUUCAUGGCAUGAGUCUGGCAGAGAUAUAACACCUGCUGCUAAAGUGAUGUUAGUUUCUCCUUCUAAAGUUCUGGAAGAAUAUGAAACAUCAAUGAACAGAUCAAUGUUGCCCAUUUUGGAUGUAACACCUGUUAUGCAGAGACCUUUUUCACCUAGCAAUAUGUCAUGGACAUACGAAUAUGGAAAUGGUAGGAUUUUUCUCAAGAAGAGGAGUAGGUUACUUGAGUUAGUGGAGUCAUCUUGCCAAGGAAAAGGAAAGAUUGAAUUUAACAGGUUUCAUUUGAUCUCCAAACUCCUCCAACGAUUGGGGAUUGAUAAGAAAUCUCAAUUUUUUUAUGAAGGACAACGAGAGUGGACACAGAACAUGUUUUGUGACAAAGUUCACUCACUUGUUCCAUUGGAACCCUGUUUCUUUGGUAUUAAGAACAAGAUGGUAGGAAGCAUACUCUAUCCAUCUACUACCAAAAAAUACCUUGAGAAGGAUUUGUCUUUUCAUCAUGAAUGGUUAUGGAAUUAUAACAAACUUGGACAACCUUCAAAUGAUACUAUGGAUUUUCUGCCGAUUCAGAAUUGGCUUCCUCUUGAAAAUGGUAUUUUAGAAAAUAACCAAACCAGCUUGGAGCUAGUUAAAGCAGAAAAUUGGGAGGCGGGUGACUAUAUUAUUUCUCCUCCUGUCAUACCAUGCAUUUCAACUUCUGAAUACAACAACCACAGCAGUGACUUUAGUGAUGAAAUUUCAACCAGAACUGAGUGCUGGAACCAGUUAAACGAGUUAUCUUGCUGUUCCAUGGAGCAAUCACUUAUACCAUAUACAAAGCCAAAGUACUUCGAGACACGUGAUCUUUGGAACCUAAUGGAGCAGAGUGAUGUUCCUUACUUGGAGUGGAAAGAGAGAAAAUCAGACUACCAUGUUGCUUCUGAAAGUUUGGCUUCUGAAGAAAUGGAUCAUUUUCCAUUAACUUGAUGCUUCAAGAUUACUUUGUGAAAGAAGUCAAUAUGGAAGAGAAGAUAUAUUCAAUUCUCUGCUCGGUGGAACCAUGCAUCAAAAUUGAACUGGUGGUUGUCUGGAUAUUGUCCCAUCAACUCUUGGAAGGUCCCCUUACACAAGAAUGGAAAGCCUUACCUUUGGAUAACUGUGUGCGCGCGCACGCGCAUUAUCCUCCAACUUUACAAAGACAGCAUACAAGAUAUAUCAAAUUUAAUUUCUACUAUCAGAAACUUCGACAAUGCACUCUAUGAACCAGCGGUUGCCCCGAAUUGUGUUAGGUGAAUCAUCUUUUAUUUCUGGCGAGUGUAGAGAACACAGUUUAUAGGUUUGAUGGGUAAAGAUGCGAUGUCUAUAAUUUUUGUGCCAUUAUAACAACUAGAUUGCAAAUUCUUUCCUCAUUGCUUUCCAGGCAAAGGUACUAACUUGUGAAGCACUCACCUGAUGCUAUUCCUAUUUCCUUGGUUUGUCUUUUUUUUUCCAUUGUGAAAUUCAGGUUAACCAAUUGAAUGAAGUUGUAAUCUUGUGAGAAUUAA